GGUUGAGGAUUGUGACGAAAGCAGAAAAGUUGCGGGAGAUGUGUUUGAGACAGUUCUACAAUCGGCUAUGGGGAGACUGGUCGCUCAUCAUCAGAAAAUAUUUUGGAAAGUAAAGCAGCUAAACCAUGCAUCCAAUAUCAGGAUACUUUUUGUCAACUCCUACAUUUGUCUUCAGAUUGUGUUUGGAAUUUUCAUAUUUCUGAAAGGCGAGUUCAUUCUGAAAGUGAAGUAUGGCCUGAUUGUGAUCACGGUGACUAUGACCGAGUACAUUUUCAGCGAAAACGGACAACGAUUACAAGAUGAGGGAGAAGAGUUGAGACUGGCUUUGUACGAAUGCAACUGGAUUGGCAAACGGUUAUGGUACACAAGAGCUCUGCAGAUUCUCAUGAUACGUUCCAAUCACCUACCGAAGGUUGGCCUUCAUAAUGUGCUUACACUCAACAGAAACAAUGUCACUGUGGUAAUUCGUGGUGCCUAUUCCUAUUUCAGUCUACUGAACAAACUGUCUUCUUGAUAACAGUUUGGAAUGAACAUUAUUGGAUAUAUAUUGUUUAGGUUUUCAAAGUUUGAAAUUUGCUAUCUUCAAGUUCAUCUUCUUUAUUUAAAGCCUCAAUGGUUGAUUGUUAUUUACUAAAAAUAUUACUCUCAAAUCACAUCUACACUCAAAUUUUAUUAAUGUGUUUGAAUA